CUGCUGUCGAGCUGGGAAUAUUUGUAUCAGUUUUCAUUGGCACUUGUUCGCAGUAGCCCAUUCAAAAAACAUCAGUGAAUAUUUUCUACAGCCAAACUAAAAAUCUAAUCUUCCAGACUUGCCUAUUACAGACUUUGAAACUGAGGCUUCGCCCGCAUCUUGGUUUUUACAUUUCUUUUUUUAGACAUUAACUAAUUUCAGUUCUACUACAAAAUGUGCACCAAGACAAACGAACGUGCCACACGACUUCAUGAACCUGGAAGGGUUUGCAGGGAGUUGUUGUACCUCAGGUCGAAGGUGCCAGUGCGUGAAGUUCCCGCCUUCACUUUUCAGGCACUGCAGCCUAAUACUGUGGUGAAACCUCCUCCAAAGAUCGACAUCUUCAAGCGAAAGCCAGUGAAGGAGACCGUGUUCAAGAUCUACUUCAAUCGCGGCGACAUUCCGUGUGUGAUGUCCGGCAGGAGCAGCAAACAGGACCCGACCAAGGAGCGUCCGGUGAAGUGGCACUGUGUGCCGGAGAAUCUCGACUACUGCUACUAUCUACCCAUCUUCGUGGACGGACUGGCGGACAUGGACUACGACACCCGGUUGCUAGCGGUCAACGGAGCCAUCGACCUCAUCAUGCGGUCCCCCAAAAAGGUGCUACCCGUGCUGCCCAAGUUGAUCCUUCCACUGAAACGGGCCUUCCAGACGCGCGACAAGCGGAUCAUCAUCUCCGCCCUCCAAGUCAUCCAGCUGAUGGUCCGAUUGGGUCCCUGCGUGGGUCAGGCCCUGGUGCCCUUCUACCGCCAAUUGCUGGCCGUGUGCAACCUUUACAAGAACAUCAACGUGAAUCUGGGAGAGGGUAUUGAUCCCGAUCGGAACUGCCGCAUCGGCGACGUCAUCGAGGACACCCUGAAGCUGCUGGAGUACUGCGGAGGCCCCAACGCCUUCAUCAACAUCAAAUACAUGGUGCCCACCUACGAGAGCAGCGUUUUCCCCAAGUGCGAGGCGCCCGAGCCCCGGGAAGCCUAACAUUUCCGCUUCCAAUUCGCUUUUCUUCGGCCUUCGGCCUUCAGUUAACGAGAAUUUGCGAACGAGUUUUAAACGCCAAAUCGCAGUUUGUGAAUCUUCAAAUCAGGGAUGAGUAAAGCCAAAAUUAAUCAUUA